CGGCUGGCGGGGGACGUGGCCACGCCGGGCUCCGGGGCGUACUACCGCCAGAUCCUCGUGGGGAGCGUCGCCGCGUGGUUCGGCUGCUACCUCCUCCUCUACCUCAUCGUCCGGUUCGUGGAGAGGGGCUCCAUCGACUCGGCGCAUACCGGCUUCACCGGCUGGCACCUCAAGCCCACCAAGACCGUCCUCCUCCUGCGGCUCAAGUCGCGGCGCCGCUCCGCGCUCCCUGGCGCCGCCGCUUUCCGAGUCACGACCAAUCUGCCGCGAGACUCGGACGUGUUCACUGUCGACAUCACGCCCGUGGGGCACGGGCCGUGGCCGCUCCGGCUGUGGCCGUUUCGAUACGGGCUCAACUGGCUCAACCGCAUCCUGGCGGUCUGGUGGUCGGGCGGGGUCGUCGUCACCCCUCCGGCAGGCCGCGUGGCGAGCACGUACCUCCGGCACGACCGCGGGGAGGCGGAGGAGGCGCUGGCGACCUUGCAGGCGGGCGGCGAGCCCGAGGGGAAGACGUGCCGAUUCUCCGUCUCUGGCAACGACCUCUGCCAGCUGCACUGCUCCGUCGGCCUCUUCUUCGACAUGCGCGGCGUCUUCUACGAGGAGAAGUUCCAGCGGCUGGUGCGCGCCUUUGUCAAAAAGUACCUGCUGGCGACGGUCGGCGACGCCGAGGAGGUCGCCGCCCCUCGCUCCUCCUCCUCUGAGUCGUUGGGUGAGUCGUCGGGCGAUGACGACGGGGAGGGGAAGAACGGCAACGGGGUGCGCCGGAACAAGGACGCCAGGAAAUACUGAGCGCGAGGCUGCGUGUUUGCGUCAAAAAAAGAUACCGUACGGC